GGCGGGCGGGGCCGCGGGGCCGGGCCGGGCCGCGGGGCCGCUCCCGCCGCUGCCGGGGCCCGGCGGUGCCGCGUCCCUCCGCCCGGUCCGGCAUGCCCGAGCCGCUGCCCCCCACCCGGCUGUACGCCUCGGAGCGGGGGGUCGUGCUGGUGUCCUGCGUGCUCUCCUUCCUGGGCUCCAGCCUGCUGGUCUGCACCCACGCCCUCUGGCCGGAGCUGCGGACGCGUCCCCGCCAGCUCCUGCUCUACCUGUCGCUGGCAGACCUCCUCUCAGCCCUCUCUUACUUCUACGGGGUGCUGCAGGACUUCGACGGGACGUCAUGGGACUGCGUGCUGCAGGGCGCCCUGUCCACCUUCUCCAACACCAGCUCCUUCUUCUGGACCAUGGCCGUUGCCCUUUACCUCUAUAUCACCAUUGUGAGGGGCUCGCCCACGGGCACGGGCUUGCUCUGCUGCUUCCACGUCGUGAGCUGGGGAGUCCCCCUUGGCAUUACGGUGGCUGCUGUUGCUCUGAAGAAGAUUGGCUAUGAUGCCUCCAAUGUUUCUGUGGGCUGGUGUUGGGUCAACUUGGACGCAGAGGACCGGGUCUUGUGGAUGUUGCUAACAGGGAAAGUUUGGGAGAUACUGGCCUACGUGACUUUGCCGGUGCUCUACAUUCUCAUCAAGAAGCACAUUAAUAGAGCGCAUGCCGCGCUCUCAGAGUAUCGCCCCAUCCUCUCAAGAGCACCUGCAUUUCCACCCCGGACCUCCAUAGCAGAUAAGAAGUUGAUUCUCAUCCCUGUCAUCUUUAUCGUCCUCCGCAUCUGGAGCACUGUGCGAUUCAUUCUGACCCUCUGUAACUCCCCUGCAGUGCAGAAUUCGCUCCUGGUUGUCCUGCAUGGAAUCGGUAACACGUUCCAAGGAGGUGCCAACUGUAUUAUGUUUGUCCUCUGUACGCGGGUGGUCCGGACUCGGCUAUUUUCCUCCAUUUGCUGUUGCCACCACGAUGAGUUGGACUGGCCUUUGCGAAGAUCGGACAGCCACUGGCAGCGCCCAGAACCCCCCAGGGACGUGCCAGGCCCUGAGGGGACGAAACCCGUGCUUUCCAGCACCUGAGCCUGGGCUGCCUACACCUCGGCGCUGAUUUCUUCUUUCUUGGUGCAGGAUCAUCCCGGAGUCCCACAGAGGGAGCUAGAGCCUGGGGAAAAGCACCGCUGGAGCAGCCGAGCAAAGGGAAGAGGCCCCGGCGUUCCUCCUUGGCAUUUGGCCUUGAACUUUGCUCAGGACCCUCUGGAAGAUACUGUUUGGCUGCACUCCAACUGCCUGGUUUUCUUCCCUCCUUCCCCUCUCCACUAUAAAUCUGAAAAAUUGUUUGGGGUUUCUGUCUGACAAGGCAAAUGUGUUGUGAGUUCUGGGGUGAACAAAUACUGUGGCGAUAGGAAACCUUUAGUAGCUGCUGAGUAGGACUACUAUCCUGGGCAUGGAUUCUGGUCCUAGUGCAUGAGGUCUUCCAGGGAGCUCCGGUCUGGCUCCUGUUCUUCACUUGAAUGUGGAUGGUGGUGUGCAAACGUGCUUGUUUGGUGGUGGUGACGGGUAGUUCCUCCUGAUGGUUUAUUCCUCCUCCAUGGUGGUUAGGGGUUGUCAUCAUCAGGGUUUGUGGUGGCAGCGUGCUCAUUGCCUCCUGGGGAAAUAUGAACUCUGCAGACCCCCUUGGUGCUCAGGGAUCUCAGGAUGUACCACCCCAGCCUCCAGCAAGGACUGCCCUCGCCAGCAGCAAGACGGUGCCUGGCGUGUGCUCUGAAGUCCAGACGUCCUCUGCUGAAGCACAGGCUGCAGUCUGCUCUUGCUUUGGGAGCGUUAUAUCGGAGCUGGGGAGGGAAUGGUUUUUGUUCGCUAUUUGGAGAUAGUGUUUUACCUUAUUUACAGCUCCUCGCUUGUUGUUUUGGUUUUUUUUUUAAAAACAUUUUCUCCAACUUUUACAAAAUAAAGUUUUGUUUCUUUACCAA